AUGAACGGGCACCCGUCGGAAUUCACUUCUCAGAAAAAGGCAUUGACAAACUGCAAUGCCGGCGACAAUGUUCUCUUCGGCCCUGUCCGCCGCCCGGGCCCCGGCUCCGGCUUUGCUCCGGAGAACUCGGUUGCACCGAAAGUCACCAAACGAUUGGGCACGAUUUCGGUCUUCCGGCCGUAUUCCUCGGCUACCCAGACAGCCCCCAAUCCCAAGGCGUACCUCGAUAGCGGGGUUAUCAAGCCCAAGUUGAAUGUCGAUGUCAAGAAGGUCCUUGUUAUUGGUAGUGGAGGCCUUGCCAUUGGACAGGCUGGUGAAUUCGAUUAUUCAGGAUCACAAGCUCUGAAGGCCCUCAAGGAGGCCGGUGUCGCUUCCGUCCUCAUUAACCCCAACAUUGCAACCAUUCAAACCAACCACUCCCUUGCCGAUGAAGUCUACUAUCUGCCCGUUACCCCGGAAUAUGUCAGCUAUGUCAUCGAAAAGGAGAAGCCCGAUGGUAUUUUCCUGUCUUUCGGUGGUCAGACUGCCCUCAACUUGGGCGUCCAGAUGCAGCGACAAGGUCUGUUUGAGAAGUAUGGCGUCAAGGUUCUCGGCACUAGUGUGAGGACCCUCGAGGUCAGUGAGGACCGAGACCUCUUUGCCAAGGCUCUUGAAGAGAUCAACAUUCCCAUUGCCAAGUCAAUUGCUGUCAGCACCGUGGAUGAGGCUCUCAGUGCCGCUGAUAAGAUCGGAUACCCCAUCAUUGUUCGCGCUGCUUAUGCCCUUGGUGGUCUGGGAUCCGGUUUCGCCAACAACGAAGAGGAGCUUCGUAACAUGGCUGCUCGAUCACUCACUCUUUCCCCCCAGAUUCUGGUUGAAAAAUCACUCAAGGGAUGGAAGGAAGUCGAGUAUGAGGUUGUUCGAGACGCCAACAACAACUGUAUCACCGUUUGCAACAUGGAGAACUUCGACCCCCUGGGUAUUCACACUGGUGACUCCAUUGUCGUGGCUCCUAGUCAAACGCUGAGUGACGAGGAGUACCACAUGCUCCGUACCGCCGCCAUUAAGAUCGUCCGUCAUCUGGGUGUCGUCGGAGAGUGUAACGUCCAAUACGCCCUGCAGCCCGACGGUCUCGACUACCGUGUCAUUGAGGUCAACGCCCGUCUUUCGCGAUCUUCCGCACUUGCUUCCAAGGCUACCGGAUACCCUCUGGCUUAUACUGCUGCCAAGAUCGGUUUGGGACACAGUCUUCCUGAGCUCCCCAACGCUGUUACCAAAACCACCACUGCCAACUUUGAACCCUCUUUGGAUUACAUCGUCACCAAGAUCCCUCGAUGGGAUCUUUCCAAGUUCCAGCACGUGAAGCGCGACAUUGGAAGUGCUAUGAAGUCUGUUGGUGAGGUUAUGGCUAUCGGUCGAACCUUUGAAGAGUCUUUCCAGAAGGCUAUCCGCCAGGUUGAUCCCAAGUUUGUCGGUUUCCAGGGUGACAAGUUCGAAGACCUCGACUUUGAGCUUCAAAACCCUACCGAUCGCCGAUGGCUCGCUGUUGGCCAGGCCAUGCUCCAUGAAAACUACUCUGUUGAAAAGGUUCACGACUUGACAAAGAUUGACAAGUGGUUCCUGUACAAGCUCCAGAAUAUUGUUGACUGCACUCGUGAGCUUCAAACUGCUGGUAGCCUCGAUGCCCUGCAGAAGGAACAGAUCCUCAAGGCAAAGAAGAUGGGUUUCUCCGAUCGACAGAUUGCAAACGCUGUCAACAGCACCGAAGACGAAGUUCGAGCUCGUCGUCUGAGCUUCGACAUUCGACCAUGGGUUAAGAAGAUUGAUACCCUGGCUGCAGAGUUCCCUGCUGACACUAACUACCUGUAUACCACUUACAACGGAUCUUCUCAUGACGUCACUUUUGAAGAUAAGGGUACUGUUAUCCUUGGUAGUGGUGUCUACCGUAUCGGCAGCUCGGUCGAGUUCGACUGGUGUGCUGUUGGAGCUACCCAGGCUCUUCGAGAGAUGGGAGAGAAGACUGUAAUGAUCAACUAUAACCCGGAGACUUACAGCACCGAUUUCGACACUGCUGAUAAGCUUUACUUUGAAGAGUUGAGCUACGAGCGUGUCAUGGAUAUCUACGAGCUGGAGAACGCAUCUGGUGUUGUGGUGUCUGUGGGCGGUCAGCUACCCCAGAACAUCGCCCUUCGCCUGCAGGAGACUGGCGGCGCUAACGUGCUUGGCACUGAUCCCAAGGACAUUGACAAGGCCGAGGACCGUCAAAAAUUCUCUGAGAUUCUUGACAGCAUCGGUGUUGACCAGCCUGCAUGGAAGGAGCUCACCUCUGUUCAGGAGGCUGAAGACUUUGCCAACCAAGUGGGCUACCCUGUCCUGGUUCGUCCCAGUUAUGUUCUCUCUGGAGCUGCUAUGACUGUCAUCCGCAGCCAGGAGGACCUCAAGGAGAAGCUGGAGGCUGCAGCCAACGUUUCCCCCGACCACCCCGUUGUUAUCACCAAGUUCAUCGAGGGCGCUCAGGAAAUUGAUGUCGAUGGUGUUGCUUCUGAGGGUAACCUGGUUAUCCACGCCGUCAGUGAGCACGUUGAGCAGGCUGGUGUCCACUCCGGUGACGCUACCCUUGUUCUACCUCCUGUCAACCUUGAUGCCAGCAUCAUGGAGCGUCUGAAGGAGAUUGCACAGAAGGUUGCCAAGGCCUGGAAGAUUACUGGUCCCUUCAACAUGCAGAUCAUCAAGGCUGAAAAUCCCGAGGGUGGCGAGCCUCUGCUCAAGGUCAUCGAGUGCAACCUCCGUGCUUCUCGAUCAUUCCCCUUCGUUAGCAAGGUCCUUGGAACCAACUUCAUUGAUGUUGCUACCAAGGCCCUCGUUGGCAAGAAUGUCCCUGAGCCCACCGAUCUCAUGGCCAUCGAGCGUGAUUACCUUGCCACCAAGGUGCCCCAGUUCUCCUGGACUCGUCUCGCUGGUGCGGAUCCCUUCUUGGGCGUCGAGAUGGCUUCUACUGGUGAGAUGGCCUGCUUCGGAAAGAACCUCGUUGAGGCUUACUGGACUUCUCUCCAAUCCACCAUGAACUUCCGUAUGCCUGAGCCUGGCGAGGGUCUGCUUUUCGGUGGUGAAAUCGAUAAGUCUUGGUUGACCCAGGUCGUCGACUACCUUGCGCCUCUCGGCUACACUCUGUACGCCGCCAGCAACGAUGUCAAGAACUUCAUUGAGACCAGCUCAAAACACCAGGUCAAGGUUGAGGUGAUUGAGUUCCCCACCGAGGACAAGCGUGCUCUCCGUGAGGUCUUCAAGAAGUACGACAUCCGCGGUGUCUUCAACUUGGCCCUUGCCCGUGGCAAGACCACCUCCGAUGUCGACUAUGUCAUGCGCCGAAACGCCGUCGACUUUGGCGUGCCUCUGUUCAUGGAGCCCCAGACCGCUAUCCUUUUCGCCCAGUGCAUGAGCGAGAAGCUUCCUCGCCCCGAGGGCAUCCCCUCCGAAGUCCGCGCUUGGUCUGACUUCAUUGGCGGCAAGCCCCUGUAA